CCCAGCUGGAGGAGGAGGAGGAGGAGGAGGAAGAGGACUUGUCCCCUGAACAAGAGAUCAUGAGGGACAUCGAGGGGCACCUCCAGGGCAGAGCUGAGUUGCUGGAGGACAGGGCCAAGCAGCUCUGCUUCCUCCGUGCUAUCCCACGUCUGUGCUUCUUCGCACAGCAGCAGCGGCGGGAUACCCUGGAGCCGCACUUCUCAAAGGCGGCCCUCGUGGAGAGCAUUGCGGAGCUGAUUGAAAAUCUGCCCCUGGUGCCAGAGCCAACCGACGUCAUCUCCAGCUCCAUGGCCGCGGUUUGCAGCCUCAGCAAACUGAAGCCGCCGCUUGCCCUGGAGCUGGAGUCACGCCUCCUGCGGGCUCUUAUGUAUUCCAUCUUCGCCAUGACCACUGAGCGGUAUAACACCUACUUCCAGGCUCUGCACAACACCUUUUUAGAGGGCCUGGACACCAUGCUCGGGUGCCUGCUCACCGAGACCCCCACCACAGACAAAUUGCAGCACCUCUUGGAGCACGUCUAUUUCUGGCUCCAUUCCAAAAACAGACACGAGAGAGUUAGAGCCAUACGGUGCAGCGCUGCCCUGCUCCAAUUCGCCACCUCCCUGCCCGGAUUUGACACCUCCUCCGAUUUCCCUAAGGCGGGCAACUUUGUAUUGCAGCUGGGUCUGUACAUCUCGGACCCAGCCAACGACAUCAGCCAGCAAGCCAGGAGCGGGCUACAUUGGCUGCAGAGGCUCCUGCUGCAGAGGAGGGGGUUGAACAUCCAAGAGGCGAGCCAUCUGUGGUGCCGGGACAGGAUCCGAGACACCGAGCGCCUGGCCUACAGACAUAUGGCCAGGGUGGCGGAGGAUUAG